CCCGGGGCUCGGCCAGAGUGAGGAACCCGGACCUAGAAGGGGGGCUUCCAGGAGACAAAGGCUCUGACCCGGGGCCGUGGGCGUCGGCCGGCGCCUCUGGGGUCUUUGUGCGGACACGUGCGUUUGUGGGUCUUUGUGAAUUUGGUCCGGGGACAUGCAUCUGCCCGUGCCUUUGUGUGUCUGUGAUUUGGGGAAGGGGGCAAGGAACCGGGGUGGGGGCCCGCGUUUGGUUGUGGGUGUGGGUGGGCGCAUCGUUGUGUCCGCGUACGUGGUCUGUGCCUGUCGACGUGUCUGGGUUGGGUGUCCGCGGAGUCUGUGCGCGCCGAGAGCCAGACACCGCCCCAACUCCUCGCUCCCCUGCAGUCCACCCGGGCCGACUUCGCUUCAAACUUUUCUCCGCCUUCCUCCUCCCAGCUGCAUCCCGGGCCGGGGGGCGGGAGGGCGCUGGCAUUCCUUCCUUCCUUCACCUCAGGGGUCUUUAGAGCCGAGAGGGGAUGGAAUAGGAUGGGUGGGUGGGGGGAUCGGCAGCGCCUGAAGACUGACCCGAGCCAAGGCUGGGCAGAGCGUGCCGGACACCCCAGGCGAAGCGGCUGGGAGAAGAGAGGUCCACGCAGGAGAGGAGCUGGACCAUCAGAUUUGGAGAUGGCCACACAUCACAAAGUGUGUUGAACCUUGACAGGGGUGGCCCAGUAGAAGAGUGACCUUUACUGGAUGAAGGGUGAGUUAGACUGGGAAGACCUCACAGAGGAGGUGACUUUUGAAUCAAAUGAGUGAGAAUUUGCAUGGAGGACAAAGAAAAGGGUGUCUCUGUUGUCUUCACUGAAGGGGACAGCCUGUGCAAAGAUGUGGGGCCCAAGGAGAAAGACAGGCCCCUGGACGGGCAAGCUGUCUUGGCAGGAGAGGUUUUAAAGCAGGAGCAGUGAUCAGUCCUGGUCUGUCUAGAUGGUACUCUGGUGCCCAGCAAGGCUGGCGGUUGGAGGCAGAGGGCCAGGAAUGAGGCUGUUGUAGCAGUCCUGGCCAGGAGGCCUCUUGAACCUGACCUGGGUAAGGCCAAGGGGAGAGGGAGGGGAAGACAGCCACCCACCCAGGGGUAGCUGCUGAGUCUCACCUGUUCUCAUUCUGUCAGCGGUGACGCACCUGCUUCAGCCUCCUUCAGCCUCUGCGGUAUCUCCACACUCCCUUAUCAGCUCACUGGCAGAGCACUUGUAGCCCGAGUGAAGCCCUGCAAGGUGCACUGAGAAUCCAGGAAGAAUCCAUGUUGAAGUCUCCUCUAUCCUCUGCCCCUACCUUGCUUUCAGAUCUGCUGGUGUCACUGCUCCUUUUUCUUCCCUGGUCUCUGAAAUCACCCGCCGGUCAGGGGGUGGGGCAGGAACCCACAGGCAGUGAGCACCAGCGUGUGCCAGGCCCGGAGCUGAGCCUUCCUCAUAAUCAUUGGUGACCUUGUGGGAACAGCACCAGGCUUCUCAGCAGGUUGCAGAUGAAGACACACACAGGCCUCCUAGCAGCCUCCUGGGACAACCCUGAGAGGCCUCUGGGCUCUGCUGUGACCUCAGGAACACCCAAGAGCCACUGAGUGUUAGGAAGCUGGGCACUGAUGAUCACGGCAGCCGAAAGUAGCUGGAACCUGGCCCUGGGACCCUGGCCGCUUAGCUCUUCUUUUCCCAGCAACACACAGAAGUGCAUGUUCCACCCGAACCUAGCCAGUUACGAGGUGACAGAGGCCUGAGUGCGCUUGCUGGCCUCUGGCACCUUCCUUUGCCAUCCUCAGUCUCUUCCACUGCAACACGGACAUGAGACUGAUGACCUCCUGCAGUGACCGAGGAUGGCGUAAGGGGACAUGUGACUGGCACUUAGGACAGGCUCGGUCACUGUCAGCACUUCCCGCUCAAUGUCCCGGCCUGGCCCAGCACAGGGGCCCACAGAGAAGUGUCCACAGUGCAGGGACCUUGUCUGGGGUGUCCUGGGAGCAUCAGGAGCAGUGUUCCAGGCAGGUCUCCAUCCACAUUCCUGUUCCUCUGAGGGCCGGUGAUGACCACCAAGCACACGUGCACGGCGCUUCACAGUUUGCAUGAGCUGUGUGUGACUUGCAUCAGUGUGUAUGAGGCAGGCAGGAAUUACUGCCUUGUGGUACAGAGGACAAAGCUGAGGGCUGGAGAGGCCCCCGUCGAGGGGAGGGAAGGGGAGCGCUGAGCUGAGUUACAUAAGCAGGAGCUCAUGAGGGGCUGUUUGGCACUUGAGAGGCACAUUGUAUAAUCACCUCUGGGAAAGAAGGGUAAUCUUAGGCCUUUUUGUGUGCAUUUGGUGUUUGUUUAAACCCCAGGAAGGGGUGGGUAUGAGCAGAUCAGCUUAGCAGGGAAGGUGAGGCCCUAGGUAGUAAUGAACUCCUGCUGUGAGCAGCUCACCCCGGGCAACAAAAGGGGUGUGAAGCAACUUAAUAUUUUCCUUUUGGUUCCAGACAUUGGAACACUCUGUCCAGCCUCAAUUGGGACGGAGCCCAGGAUGCACCUGGGCUGGGUUUAAUCCUCAAAUUGGGCUCUACAAAAGAAAGGGGUGGGAGAGGAGGGGCCUGCAGAGGGAGGCCGGGGAGAAGAGCCCAAGUGCAGAUCAAGUGGCUGCCCCUUUAAAGUUUCAUGUGGAACUGGUAAUGUGAUCCCGCUGCUCCCCUCCAUCCACCCUCCUCUCCAGUCCACCCCUCCCUAAAGGCCAGGGGGAGGAAGAUGGGGGGACGAUGGGGCAGGGGGUGCAGAGCAGGGAGCUGAGCCACUCCAGCUGAAGGAUCUGCUGGCGUGAGGUUUCGUGUCUUCUAUCUCCGGGCUGAGUAGCUGCUUUUCUAAGGGGAGAGGGUGACCACAGACUGUCCAGUUAGAAGCUUUCUUUCACUGCUCAGCCCCCUCUCUCAUCCUCCAGGGAGCUACAGAUGUGUGUGGGGAUGAGUGUUGAAGGUGAGAGUGUACAGGUAGUGCUUGGCAUCAGUGGCAGCUGCUGUUAGUUAUCCAGGGAGGGACAGGGAGUCAGGGGAGGGGCAGUGGCUUGCAUUGUAGCCCCUGUCGGUGGGAAGAGCUCCUCUUCGAUCGCAUCUCUCCUGCCAGUCCUGGAGGCAGCACAGGAAAGUAGAAGAAUUAGGACUGAGCAGGCCUGGGUUCUAAUCCUGCCCUGCUUCUUCCGUACAGGUUUUGGGUAAAACCCUUUUUGUCUCUGAGCCUCUUAUUUAUCUGUAUAAUGGGGGACACAGCCCAGCUGCCUGCUGUGGGUUAAAGGAAGGGCCAGAAAAGUGUAAUCACUUUAACAGCUUGGGGGUCAAGGUGGGCAAGGGGAAGGUACUCGGCAGAGUGGUCCCCAGGGCCCAUCUGGAAGUCUAGAUGCAGGGUCCCUGGUUGGAAUGAAGGAUCCUGCCCCUAGAGGCCAGGCCAGGGAAGAGGGCUUAUGCCUGUGGACCCAGCUAUCAUUACCCUCAAAAGGAGUGAGGAGGGGACAGCGCUGCAGGCCCCCCUUGCAGGAGAGGCCUCUGUCUGGGAAGCUGGAGCAGGGGUCUCAGGCACAGCUCAGCCAAGUGUCAAACCAUGACAGUGAGCCAUGUCCCUCUGAGCGCCGUUCAGUUCCACUCCACUCACGUGUGGCCGUGCAUGGCUUUCUGAACCUAAGUCUCAGUUCCCUCUUCGUGAAGUGCUGACAAGAUCGCUGCGGUGCAGCUUCUGUGGCUGUGAGGGUUGAGUGAGACCGUGCAGGGCGCCAGCUAGCCCAGCACCGAGCCCGUAGCACAUGCUCAGCAGAGGUGAGGGGAGCACCCAGACCUCUAAGCUGGGACCCCUCCCCAGUAGCACCUGGGGAGAGACCAGCCCAUGGAGCCUAGAUCCUCCGAGCUGGAGAGGCCAGCCAAAGACACAUCUUGUCCAGUGCAUUUCCAGCUGGGUUCCUUCACAUCCCACGGCAGGACAGUGAACAGACAUGGCAGACUCAGACUCCCCGCUUCACAUCAACCAGAACAGGCCCACUGUCACCUGCCAAUCUUAUUCAAGAAAGGGUUCACAUACUUCCAAUUUAAAACCCAGCCAUCUAGCCUAACUCACUGUAUCAUACAGAUGGGGAAACUGAGGCCAGAGAGGAACAGGGACUAGGAAUUAUUUGAGGACAGGGUAUUCAGGGAAAGCCUUUAGGGGCACUGAGGGGCAGGUGGCAAUUUUCAGCUGUGCCUACACACGUUGGUUGGUGUCUUCCAGGGUGGGCGAGAACCAUCUGGAAUGGGGUGCGUGCGUGCAUGCUUAGUCGGUUCAGUUGUGUCUGACCCCUUGUGACCCUUUGGACUGUAACCCUCCAGGCUCCUCUGUCCAUGGGAUUCUCCAGGCAAGAAUAGUGGAGUUGGUUGCCAUGCCCUUCUCCAGGGGAUUCCCCACCCAGGGAUCGAACCUGCAUCUCUUAUGUCUCCUGCAUUGGCAGGCGCGUUCUUUACCACUAAUGCUACCUGGGAAACUGCUGGAACGGGGUACCCACUGCCAACCCUCACCUGUGCCUCUCUUUCUAGCCCCACCAUGCCGUGGCCCCUGCUGCUGCUGCUGCUGCUGCUGGCCGCGAGCAGGGCCCAGACCACCCGGCCCUGCUUCCCUGGGUGCCAGUGCGAGGUGGAGACCUUCGGCCUCUUUGACAGCUUCAGCCUGACACGGGUGGACUGCAGCGGCCUGGGCCCCUACAUCGUGCCCGUGCCCAUCCCCCUGGACACAGCCCACCUGGACCUGUCCUCAAAUCGGCUGGAGACAGUGAACGAGUCCGUGUUGGCAGGGCCGGGCUACACCACGCUGUCCGGCCUGGAUCUCAGCCACAACCUGCUCACCAGCCUCUCGCCCACGGCCUUCUCCCGCCUCCGCUACCUGGAGUCGCUCGACCUCAGCCACAACGGCCUGGCCACCCUGCCCACCGAGAGCUUCACCAGCUCGCCCCUGAGCGACGUGAACCUGAGCCACAACCGGCUCCGCGAGGUCUCCGUGUCCGCCUUCGCCACCCACAGCCAGGGCAGGGCGCUGCACGUGGACCUCUCCCACAACCUCCUCCACCGCCUGCUGCCCCAUUCCUCGCGGACUGGCCGGCCGGCGCCCACCAUUCAGAGCCUCAACCUGGCCUGGAACCGGCUCCGCGCUGUGCCCGACCUCCGGGGCCUGCCCUUGCGCUACCUGAGCCUGGACGGGAACCCGCUGGCAGCCAUCGGCCCCGGCGCCUUUGAGGGGCUGGCGGGCCUCACUCACCUGUCGCUGGGCAGCCUGCAGGGUCUCCCCCAGCUGGUGCCCCACGGCUUCCACGAGCUGCAGGGCCUGCAGGUCCUGGACUUGUCCAGCAACCCCAGGCUCCAGUGGGCGGGACCUGAGGUGUUCUCAGGCCUGGGUUCCCUGCAGGAGCUGGACCUGUCAGGCACGGGCCUGGUGCCCCUGCCCGAGAAGCUGCUCGUCCACCUCCCCGCACUGCAGAGCAUCAGCGUGGGCCAGGGCGUGCAGUGCCGGCGCCUGGUGCGGGAGGGCACCUACCCCCGGCAGCCUGGCUUCACCCCCAAGGUGGCCCUGCACUGCAUAGACACCCAGGAGUUAGCCGCCAAGGGCUCCAAUACCUUGUGACGAACGGUGCGGCCUGGGGCCCUGUAACAGACUGUGCCCUGGGUUUCCUCAGGUCCUGGGUAAUUUAUAUUUUAAUGUGCCAAUGCCCACAGGGACUCUCCAUUCCUGUGUGACAGCAUCAUUGAAAGAGAGGCUUUGAACCUGGGACCCACACCCAGGAGCAAAGUCUUGCGCCUUUGUCUCUGUUGCUCCCCAGACCAUAAGCCAAGGGUCUUCGAUGCCAAACCGGACAGCAGUCCCCUGCUGUCCUUCCCCACUUGUCCCCAAAGUGCCUUCCCUGAGGCCUGGACCAACCUGACCCUGUGAUGGGAGGGAGGCGGGAGGGAGGUCCAGCCACUCAGACGUGGGUUUCUUCUGUGACAUAAAUCUCUCUGUUCUGGCCAUGUGAGGCCUACCUCAUUCUUUUUUCUUCCCCUGGAACUCUGGAUAGGACUUCAGUUGUAGAAAGGAUGGGAGAAAAGCGUCAAGCCCACUUCCUCAUGUGACAGAUGGGGAAACUGAGGCCUAGAGAAGGAAAAACGGUGUUCAGAGGUCUUACAGUGGCAGAAGCAUGAGUGAACUCAGUGUCCCACAUGCCUGCCCAAAGGGCCUGGUUGCACUUUUCUCUCUUCUCUAAAUCAUGCCCUCCCUCUCCCCUUCCUGGGCUCCCCUUUGCUUCCAAGACUCACAUCCUCCCAUUUGUACCCUUUCCCUGUCAUCCCCAGGAGGGCAGGCCAGGGCCUUGAGGGUGGCACUCUGGGCCUGGUAACUAGCUGUGGCUCAGGCUAAGUCAGUUCACCCCGGAGGCCCUGGAAGCCUCAGGGGUGCCAGUCCCAACCCUGCCAGUUUCCCACUCGGGAGGCAUCCCCCAGCAUCCAGAAUGGAAAUGCGCUCCUUGACCCCUGAGGUCCUGCCUCUAGCUGGUUCCCCAGGAGUUGAUGCCGUCCUGGAGCCCCACCAGCUCCAAGGGGCCUCCUGCAGUCAGCCCCUACUGGCCUUGUGCCCGACAGCCCAGCUCAUCCUACUGCGAAUGCAGCCAAGGAAGCAGGGUAUCCCCCACCCAUGUUUAUGCUUCCCCACCAGGCUGGCAUCUCAGCUUCCCAGCCCUGGGCUCUUUCCUUAGUAUCAGUUUUAUAAAAGUUGUUGCCUUUUUAAUGGACUGUCACUUACCACCACCACACCCCCCCUCCCCCCCAUCCAGGUCCCUGCUGGCAGGGGAUUGGAAAUAUGUCAUUUGUAAAAGAAAGAAGACAUUGCAUUUGUUCACUUUUAUAACAUUGCGUCCUGGGGAUGAGCUGGGAGAGGAGGCGUUGGGUAGAAGCCAGCCAUACAUCGCCAUGCUGGCAUCCAUGGGGCCGGUCCCUUAGAGACGCCCACGGGACAAUGAGAGCUCUGUCCUCCCCCAGCAGCCCCACCCAACACCUUGGUUUAAUAAACACUACAAAGAGUC